GCUAGGUUGUCUAGGACAAGUAGAGGUCGGAGUAGAUCUUUCCACAUUCAGUUCAGUCACACUCAACCACCCAGCUCAUCAUUAUGUCUAAGAUUGGAAUUAACGGAUUUGGAAGAAUCGGACGUUUGGUCCUUAGGGCGGCAGUAGAAAAGGGGGCUACAGUUGUUGCGAUCAACGACCCCUUCAUCCCCUUGGACUACAUGGUUUACAUGUUCAAGUAUGAUUCCACCCACGGACAGUUUAAAGGAGAGGUGAAGGAGGACGGAACCUUCCUUUACGUAAACGGAAACAAGAUCACCGUCUUUAAUGAGCGCGACCCUGUCAACAUUAACUGGGCUAGUGCUGGAGCUGAGUAUGUAGUUGAGUCUACUGGAGUAUUCACCACCAUUGAUAAAGCUCUUUCCCACACCAAGGGAGGAGCAAAGAAGGUUGUUAUAUCUGCUCCCUCUGCUGAUGCUCCCAUGUUUGUUAUGGGAGUAAACCAUGAGAAGUAUGAUCCUAGCCUGCAGAUUGUUUCCAAUGCAUCCUGCACCACCAACUGUCUGGCUCCUCUGGCUAAGGUUAUCAAUGAUAAAUACGGAAUCCUUGAAGGUUUGAUGACUACUGUCCACGCUACUACUGCUACUCAGAAGACAGUUGAUGGACCCAGUGGGAAGGAUUGGAGAGGAGGCCGAGGAGCUGCACAGAACAUUAUUCCAGCUUCUACCGGAGCAGCUAAAGCUGUCGGAAAAGUUAUUCCCGAGCUGAACGGUAAGCUAACUGGUAUGGCUUUCCGCGUCCCUACUGCUGAUGUAUCCGUGGUAGAUCUGACCGUGAGGUUGGAGAAGGGAGCUUCCUACGAGGAGAUCUGUGCAACUAUCAAGGCAGCUUCUGAAGGAGCUAUGAAGGGUAUCCUGGGAUACACAGAUGAGGAUCUGGUUUCUACCGACUUUAUCGGAGACGCCAGGUCUUCCAUCUUCGACGCCAAAGCUGGAAUCCAGUUAAACAAUAACUUUGUAAAACUGGUCACCUGGUAUGACAAUGAAAUGGGAUAUUCCAACAGGGUGAUUGAUCUCAUCUCCUACAUGCAGUCCAAGGAUUAAUUACACUCCACAACAAAUAUAGAACCUUUAUUUAACUCAAUGAUUUCUUUAAGGCCGAAUUAUGAAUAAUUAACUUGUGAUUAAUUUAUUCAAUAAAUGUUAGAUUCAUUAA